GAUGGGUGCCUCACUUCACAGAAAGUAUAAAGUUAAGGCAGUAGGUGGAAAACCUCCGUAUCUAAUGCCUUUCUUUGGCUUGUUUGGAUUUGGAGGACCAAUUGCCUCUAUGCAUUUGGGAAGGCAUGCCAUGGUUUCUUCCAAGACUAUGCAAUCUAAAAGAGUAUACACGUUACAUCUGAAGAGAGAAGCUCUAUUGAGCAGAUCUGGUUCUCAACACUCUUGGAAAACUGAUGGUGGCGUCAGGGUUCCUUCAGAAAAUGAAAGCGCAAGAGCACCUCAAGGAAGCUUCACGAAGGUUGAGAUUUUCAAGCCUAGAAUGAAAAACGUGAAUCUAUAUCAACUCUCGUGCAAGCUGAAGGACAUCUAUUUCCCAUACGUUCAGUGUGAUGGUUUGUCGAAUUUGAGGAGGACUAUCAGACCAGUCCAUUUCGAGGUUCCACAGCAAUUCACGAGGCUAAUGCUUGCCUGAAGUGUGUCUACUUUCCUGUUGUUCAGG